AUGGGUGGUGGUGAAAGCGAAGAGGGGAAGACGCUAGAGUUCACGCCGACAUGGGUGGUCGCGGCGGUGUGCACGGUGAUCGUCCCCCUUUCUCUUGCCGCCGAGCGCUUCCUCCACUACGGCGACAAGUACCUGAAGAGGAAGAACCAGACAUCGCUCUACGAAGCGUUGCAGAAAAUCAAGGAGGAGCUUAUGCUUAUGGGGUUCAUCUCUCUGCUCCUCACCGUCUUCCAGAACCUCAUCUCCAAGUUCUGCGCCUCGGAGGACGUGAUGGCGCAUCUCUUGCCGUGCAAACUCCCCGGCAAGGCUGAGGGGGCAGAACCCACCUCCCAUUUGCGCGGAAUGCGGCGGCUCUUCGCGGAGGAGGGGUCGUCGCAGAUCGGGUACUGCGCCAAAAAACACAAGGUGCCAUUGCUGUCGCUCGAAGCUCUGCACCAUCUGCACAUCUUCAUCUUCGUCCUCGCCAUCGUCCACGUCCGCUUCUGCAUUACCCUGCCACGUGAAUCAUUCUGA